UCAUUUCACGAUGGGUUUCCUAAAUGCUUUGUGAACGUUUUUGGGCUAAGCUAUUCAGAAGUUACGUGGCAUGCUAGUGGACUAUUCAAUGUUGAAUGUUACCAAAAUGAGAUUGAAGUUGAAAUGUGUGAAC